UCUGUUCAACAUUGUAUAGUGUAAUGCUGUAAAUCUGGUUUCUCUCUCCUAUCUCUCUCUCUCUCUUGCCCACUUCAAUCUUGUCUGAAUCUUGAAAUUGUCCUUAAUCUCUCCAAAAACCCAAACCCAUAAUCAUUUGAUUCCUAUGUUUUUAGCCCCCCACAUUUUUCAAAUCAAUCCAUUUUGGUCCUGUUUGAUUCAUUGAUCUGCAAUCAAGAAAUGGUUCUUGAUUUGAUCAAACACUUGAUUGAAUCAUAAGGGAAUCAUUAUAAAGAAUUGGGUUUGAGCAUAAUACUUGGCGGCAAGAAGCAAGGGAGGGGGAGCUUAGCAGGUGGUGGGGCAUUAUCCCUAUUAUGUUUAGAUUGUUAUAAAUAAAUAGUCAUGGUGUUUUAGCUUCCCAUUUUAUGUGGUGAAGAAGAUGGCACACAAUUCCGAGGAAGAGAAAAAGGAGGAUUACCUUUUCAAGAUUGUAUUGAUUGGUGAUUCUGCAGUUGGUAAAUCCAAUUUGCUUGCUAGAUUUGCUAGAGAUGAAUUUUAUCCAAACUCAAAAUCGACAAUUGGAGUAGAAUUUCAGACUCAAAAGAUGGACAUAAAUGGAAAAGAGGUUAAAGCGCAGAUAUGGGAUACGGCUGGUCAAGAGCGAUUUAGAGCAGUUACUUCUGCAUAUUACAGAGGUGCAGUUGGAGCUCUUCUUGUUUAUGAUAUUAGUAGGCGCCUGACUUUUGAUAACAUUGGUCGAUGGCUUAACGAACUUCAGACUCAUUCGGACAUGAACGUGGUUAUAAUACUCGUCGGCAAUAAAUCCGAUCUCAAAGAGGCCAGGGAGGUUACAACAGCUGAAGGCAAAGCCUUGGCUGAGGCAAAGGGUCUUUUUUUCAUCGAAACUUCAGCUUUGGAUUCGUCGAAUGUUACUUCUGCUUUUCAGACAGUUGUUAGGGAGAUCUAUAAUAUUCUGAGCAGGAAGGUUAUUCAAUCUCAAGAGCUCCAGAAAAAGGAUUCCGGGCGGCUAGCAAAUGGUAAAACUGUGGUUUUGCAGGCUGAUGAAAAUCAAGAAACAGUUUCAGAAACAAAGAAAGGUGGAUGUUGUUCAUAAUAAGUAAACAAUCUUUUGGAGUCGCCUUUGUUAGGGAUCACUUUACCUCCCAAUUUGGGACUUCCUGUCGGGCCCCAAUGUGGGUACCAGACACCGGGUGGAAAACGAAAAAAAAAAAAAAAAAAAAAAACAAUUCCUCUUGUGAGUCCUAAGACAUGUCAACGUAUCUUCUCCCAUGAUGUAAUUGAGUUUCUUAUUGGUUGAAGAAGUAUAACCUUUAUCUAUAGGGAAAACUUUCCGUUCAGCAAAUAUAAAUUAUCUCAAGGGGAGAAGAGCAUUUUUUUUACAGUGUUUUGAGUUUUCAGUUUUGUAUAAUUCAAUUUGUUCAGCUGUUUGUGUUA